UUCAUGUCCCCUCCUGUCCCUGUGAAGAGUGAAGAAGAGGAUGAAGAGGAACCUCAGUCCUCACAGCUUCAUCAGAGACAAACUGAACAGAUGAGAACAGAAUCUGAUGGAGAGGACUGUGGAGGACCAGAACCAGCCAGGACCUCAGAUCCAGAUACACAUUUACAACCUAAGAGUGAUGACAAGCUGUCUCAAUCCUCUGAACCUGAGACUAAGGACAGCUGGAAGGAGACGAGGGAACCUCAGUCAGAUUUCUCUGCCAGGAUGGACCCCCCAGCAAAGCUCCGCAUCAUUUUUGGACACGAUAUUCGCAAACUCGUCCUCCCUGCAGGCAUACCAAGCAGCCUCACGGAGCUGUUCUGUGCCAUCAGAGAGUUCUGUGAUAUUCCAGGGAGUUUUUCCGUGCUCUCGCAGGACGUUGUUUUCAGCGGUCGGUUUCUCCCGUUAACCAGCAUCGGAGACGUGAAGGACAAGUCGACACUAAAAGUUGUGCCAGUGAAGCCAGUUGUCCUCCGUCUGAGGCCGGUGAAAGAAAUGACGGUCUCCGCCCACUCGUCACCAGACGCCGCCGUCCUCUCCUCCGCCGAUGAAGGCACGCCGUCUUCUCGGCGCUCCAAACCGUGGCCGGCCACGUUUGAAAUACCAACAUUUUCCUUUGACGUAGAGCAACAGUUACAGGCUGGAAACCGAGCGUUCCUGAAGGACGGCGCCCUCCUCAACAGUCCGAGUGUGAUCAGCAGCAUCCUGGAGAAGCUGGCAGAGGUGGUCUUCGGUUACACGGCGUACCCCACCGGGAUUCAGAUUCUGAUGGUGGUCAGAGCCUUGAUCCAAAAGUUCCCGUGUCUCAGGGAGCCCGGUUCUUUUAACGGCCUUCACAGGUGGCAGCAGAGGAUGACCUGGAAGAUGGGGAAUUACCGUGCAAAGCUGAGAGGCUGCCUGGCCUGUCCGGAGCUGGAAGUGAACUCGCUGAAGAGACAGCGGUCGACUGAGAGAGGGUCAAACACGGGCAUCAAAAAGGCCAAGAAAGCAGAGGUGAACUACCUGCCCCCGCUGCCAGCCGGGGACACGGAAGCCUCUUUAGAGAAGGAGAGGGUCGACAUGCUGCGAGAAGUUAAGAAGGAAAACAAUGAGAGGAUAAUCUCAAAGAAGAUGGAAAGAUCUUUCUCCAUCCGCAGACAGGAAGUUGUAAAGCAGUGCCCCGCCAUCCAGGACUUCCGGGAGCGGUGGCCGGCGCUGUUCUCUGAAGCUCAGAUCAAGGAGGAGUUCAGACGGAUCACGACGGUUCCCUUGGAAACAACUUUUCUCACGAAGCUCGACUUCUACACGCCGAAGAUGCAGCAGAUAUUCAGCAAGAAAGGCGGCGUGGCUGGCACCAGAAUACGACCGAUUCUGGACUCCUUCAGCCAGCGGCACGUUGAAGCGAGGCGGGAGGCCAUUAUCCGCGCCCUGAUGGAGUUCCUGGGGGAGUCUUCAGGGGACCUCAUCAAGGACUACAAGGACGUCAGCAGAGAGGCAGCCCAAGAGGACCAGGCCGAGCAAGUCCUGAGGAUCUGUGUCUUCCACAGAUGUGAAGAAGAUGAGGGUGCGUCCAGCGCUGAAGUGUCGAUUGUCGUUGAGGGGACUGAGGUUCUUCACAGCUGUGGAAGUGUUGCAAAGGCCUGUCUCCUGCUGAUGGGCAUCAUUUAUGCCAUGAACUUGAGUUACCCACCAAGAAUGAAGUACACCUUUGAAGUGUUUCAGAAGCUUCUUCUGGAGCUCGAUGUCCUGAAGCUGUCCCCAAAAAUCCUGUCGCUGCGAAAUAAGCUCACAGCUUGAGUCCACAUGUUGGACCAAGAGUUGUCCCUCCUAAAAAACUGUCAACCCUUGUGUUGUCUCAAACCAGACGUUCUCAGCUCAUCGUGAAAUGAAAGGAGGAGCGAAAUAUCAGUUUUCAGUGCCUGAUGCUCUGUUUUUUGUAGGUUGUGAUGCAGAAACAGACGUUUAGAGCCUCAGAGAAAGUUCUUUGUAAUGAAAUGUUCUAAGAAGUGUGUGUUUUAAGAUGCUUUGAAGAGUCCUGGAGCAUGUCAAAUGUUUUUUUCAGGGUGAAACAUACCUCGUUGUUUUACAAUGCAAACUUUUGUGGAAAAAUAUUUUUUUCACUUCAGAAAAAUAAAGUUGUUCAAUUAAAAUA